AUGCCACCAGUUCCGGUCAAUUCUACAAGCCAAGAUUAUUAUGGUGUUCUUGAGCCCAGAGUCUGGCUUCUUUCAGCAGGUCUUGCAGCUUCAGCUAUUUUUUCUUACAAAAUAUAUCGACGUUACUUUCGACGAAUCAGAUCGAUCCUUGAUUUUACACCAGAGGCGUUGGAGAAAAAUCACAAGCUCUAUGGCUACGUUACAAGAGUUGGGGAUGGCGACAAUUUUCGGUUCUACCAUACACCUGGGGGUUGGCUCCUAGGCUGGGGCUGGUUGCGAAAAGUCCCAUUAGAUAAUCGACGUAUCAUGAAGGAUGAAACGCUAAUGAUCAGACUCUGUGGAGUAGAUGCUCCAGAACGUGCGCAUUUUGGUAAACCUGCGCAACCAUUCAGUGAAGAUGCUUUAUUAUGGCUAAAAAACUAUCUCCUGGGACGAUACGUGACGGUUACUCCAUACAGCAUCGACCAGUAUAAACGGAUAGUUGGUCGAUGUCAAGUCUGGAAAUGGAAUGGGAAAAAAGAUGUUUCUGCUGAGAUGUUGAAAAAUGGCGUGGCCAUUGUUUAUGAGGGUAAGGUAGGUGCCGAGUUUGGCGAUAACGAAGAUCGGUAUAGAAGUUUAGAGAAAAGAGCAAAAUGGUUAAAGAGGGGUGUAUGGUCAAUUGGUAAGAAAAUGAUGACACCUGGAGAGUACAAGAAAGUAUAUUACCGAGGGGAAUAA